AUUGGUAGAAGUUUGGAGUUGGACACCGAUGGUAUCUGGUGUAUGCUGCCCGCCAGUUUCCCCCAAAAUCUCACCUUCAAAUUGGCCAAUAACAAGAAGCUCUCAGUCUCCUAUCCAGGCGCAAUUCUCAAUCAGAUGGUUCGUGACCUCUUCACUAACGAUCAAUACCAUGAACAGCUCCCUGGUGGUAACCUAUCCUACGAUAUCAGAUCAGAGAAUUCGAUCGCAUUUGAAAUCGAUGGUCCUUACCGCGCGAUGGUUUUACCCGCUGCUAGAGAGGAAGGCAAACGGCUCAAGAAGCGAUAUGCUGUCUUCAAUUUCGACGGUUCACUGGCUGAAUUGAAGGGUUUUGAAGUGAAGAGAAAUGGAGAACUACAGUUGAUCAAGAUCUUCCAGUCAUCCGUCUUUGAAGCAUUCCUUCAAGGAACCAACUUGACAGAAGUCUAUGCGGCGGUGGCGAAAGUAGCCGAUCAUUGGUUGGACGUUCUCCAUGCUAAAGGGGCUGGUAUGCCCGAUUUGGAGUUAUUUGACCUGAUUGCGGAGAAGAGGAGUAUGUCAAGGCGUUUGGAGGACUAUGGGGCACAGAAGUCGACUUCAAUUAGUACGGCGAAGAGAUUGGCGGAAUUCCUUGGUGACGCGAUAGUGAAAGAAGCUGGUCUUUCCUGCAGGUUUAUCAUUGCUAGGCAACCAGAGCAAGCCCCUGUCACGGAGAGAGCUAUUCCUCUUGCAAUUUUCCAGGCUGAGCCCUCAGUCAAACGUCACUUCUUGCGAAAAUGGUUGAAAGACUCCAGUAUCACAGCAGAUGUUGAUCUUCGAUCCAUCCUCGACUGGAAUUACUAUCUUGAACGUCUUGGAAGUGCUAUUCAAAAGAUUAUCACGAUUCCCGCAGCUCUUCAACAAGUGCCCAAUCCUGUACCUCGUGUCGCACAUCCCGAUUGGCUACACAAGAAGAUGAAUAAAGCUGAGACGUGCACUCAACGGAAAAUCACCGAUAUCUUCAAAUCUGCACCGGACAUUGAGGACGGUAUUAAGAAUGGACCUUCUUCAACUCCACUUCCACCCAGAAUCACAAAGAAAAGACCCUCAUCGGUCCUACAACCUACUGGUCCUCCUAAGCCUUGGAGAGAAGUUCUUGGUGAGCCACCUCGAUUGGAGGAUGUUGGAACCCUGUCAUGGUUGGAAUUUCAUCAGAGAAAAUGGAAGCUUCAGGCAGAGAGGAGGAAGUGGAUUGGAGAAGGUGGUGUCAGUAGUGGGCCAAUGGCGAAGAGAAUCAAAGGCCUUGGUGGAUUCCUGACGAGAACUAGGGCGGCAUUAUCUCAGUGUAUUUGGCAGAUAAUUGAGGUAGUGCCAAGCCCAAAGCAGCCUGGUCUCUACACUCUCUGGGUCUACGUUCACUCGGCCUCCGACAUGUUCUCCUCUCCUCCACAACUCCAUUCAAUUCGUCUCCAUGUCCCCCGAUACUUCUACGUUAACCAACGCGUUCCCAAAGCCCAGGAAUCCGGUACUUUUUAUCGAAAAGUCUCCUCCAUCACUACAACUACCUGCGAAGGUGGUCAAUCGAGUUCUGUCGCCUCAAUGUCCAAUUAUACACUUCCUCGAUCACAUCCUGUGUACCAUCUCUAUGGUUACACAGUUCCAGAAGACGUCUACGCCAGCCAUGCAGCGGAUAUUUCAGCAGACCUUGCACAGCCUGAAGUUGAGGGCGUCUACGAACUUCAUGUUCCUCCUCUCUUUCGCUUACUCGCGAAACUUGGUUGCCUCUGUGCUGUUGCAAAGAGUGCUCGAACCCAGUCAAUCACCUCUGAGGAACGAAGCUUCCAGCUAGAUCAACUCGAAUUUAGAUCUCUUGCUCAACAUACUUAUCUCGGAGGAAGUGGAGAUGAAUGUCGAUUGAGGAAGAUGUUCUUGUUCUAUUAUUCGGAUUCUGGACCAGUGGUGGUGCCACGAAGAGAAGCCCUUAGGCAGAUGUAUUUCCUCGUUGUUCCUUGGGCCCAGAGGGCUUACGUUUGUGUAGUGGAUACUGCCAAGGUAAAUAAACUCCCUGGUAAUUUGGAGAGUAUGUACUCGAGAAGUCAUGCCUCCAAUGCAACCUCGAAAAACAUUCCAGAGAAUUUAACUUUUGAAACGCGUGUGGAGACAGAUGCUACCACUGCUAGACGCGUGGUUCAACGAUGGAUUACAUCGGCAAGUCAGGAGAGAGGUCAUGGAGGGAAGGAAAAUGCACCUCCACAGCAUUCAACUGAUGCCGCCACGCCAAUCGUUAUCCUUCUCCACUCCUCCUCGGUUAAUUCACAUGCUACGCCAUCGACCACAUUGGACGCUCCUUGGCCAAUUGGGGAGACCAUGGUUAAUAGAAGACGGGCACCGCAAUUGACCGCUUUGGCUGAAAUGCCGGUGAUUGCACUAGGUGGUACUGCAGAUGAUGAAAAGAGUGCAGGUGAGAUCGGCGAGGAUGCGUACAGUGUUCUCAAAUGGCAGCACACAAUUGUGAAGAGAGCUAUCAGGUUCUAUCUACAGUCUGAAGCCCGUUUCGAGAGUCAAUUAGAGUUGUCUCGAUAUCUCCAUGUUCCAGUUGGCAACAUCCCAGUAACCGAGACCCCAGUUCGAGUCCAGGUCCCAUCAGAGAAGACCGAUGAAGGUGCUACGAUCACCUCCAUCUCUCCAGCGAUAAGCACCACCGAAUUUGGUUGCGAUCUCUUCUUCGCUCGUCAUCUCUGGAAAUCCAAUCAUAUUCUGUGGGCCUCUGGAUCAGGGCAGCCUGAUUUUGGUGGCAAGGAAGUGUAUGACCAACGUCUACUUCUCGAGAUGGAAGAAGCUUCUGUCGUUGAAAUCAAUCGUUCCGGAUGCUAUCGCCACGUGUGUGUUGACCUGGAACUCUCCAAUCUCGCAGUGAACACAAUGUUAGUGGCCAGUCAAAUCCCUGAACUAGAGGGUGCCAGUGCUAUGACCUUCGAUCACCUCAUGCCUGCUCAACAAUCGAUCGAAGAGCAAUUGAGAAGAGGGGUAAAUGUUGGCGCUCAGAUCACAGAUUAUGAUGAGACUGCUGCAUGUUCUGCUGCUUUCCGAAUUCUUAGAGCAAUGGUUGUAGCUUGGGUUCGCGAUGUAACUCAAUUUAAAAAUCCUCUGGCUGAUGAGCAGAUAAUCUACUUCUAUCAUUGGUUAAGAUCCUCGUCUUCCCUUCUCUAUGAUCCAGCUUUGAGGCGUACACUUCAAAAGCUUAUGAAGAAGGUGAGCCUUUGCAAUAUCUCCCUACUAAAACAAUAUCAGCUGUUGAUGGUCUUCCUAAAACUUGUUGAUGAGCUGAACCAGACUCACGGCUUGGACGUCGUGUAUGCGAAUUUCAGUCGGCUUCUACUCUGCACUCAUCAACUAGAUGUUGUGGAUGCUCUUUCAAGGACUGAUGGUCUUUCUCGAAUGCUUCAAUCGAAAUCCCUCUUUUUUCACAUUGAUCUUCAAUACACUCGAGGAUGGCAUCAGCUUCUGUGGUAUGACUCUGCGAAUUUUGCUGGUCUGAGGAUUGACUUGGAGGCAAUGGCUGCGGAUAAAUCAUCCUCUCAGGUGCAAGAUAUAUCCUCUACAAACUACAGCAGUGAUGAUGCUUCUGAUACGCAAGUGGACAUGUGGUGGCAUCUGGCCAGAUACCUCCCUGAAUCCCGAGGCCUUCGCACAAAGUUCCACACCCUCAUCGCCGGUUACCUUCUAGCCACUCGCAAAGCCAUCGUGGAUGAAACUCAUCGCCUCUCUCAUAUCACUGAGGCCGUCACCACAAAUGAGAACUCUGCGGAUGAAGUCUUGACAGAUGCUACACUUACCCCAACGGUUCUAGACUUCUUAGAUCGUUUGAUUCGUGAACAAGUCGCUCCUGAGCUCUAUACGUUCAUCCAACGACUUAGACGAAAAGCGGGGCCUUGGUGUUCUGCUGAGGAAAGUGUUGAACGGGGUGCCUUUAACGCCGCUGAAAUCACCGCUUAUUUGGAUGAAACGGAUGAUAUUGAACGAAUUGAACUCCCACCUCUACUUCCUCCACAUCCUGCUCAAUUCGCUUCUCCGAAAGAGAAGGUCAAACUCACUCCUCUCUGCGAUUUUGUGAAAACUCUCUGCGUGGUGCUCUCUCUGGACACUUGUAUCGCUCGACAAGUUGGGGAGAUGCAGAGGGAUUUGUUCAGACUUCUUGGGGUUGGGGAAUUCUCCUCAGAUGCAACCUGGUGUGCUCCACAUGAGUUUGGAGAGGAAGGAAGAUCCCUGGUUUUGCACUUGGCUGAGGUCACUUGUGCUGCCUGCAACUUUGUGAGGGACUUGGAUAUCUGCAGAGAGAGGUAUGUGGCAAAGGUGGCGGUGGAUGGAGGUGAGACCUCGUUGUGGGUUCCACUGUGUCCCCACUGUGAAACUCCCUACUCAAGAGCGGCUCUUGAAACUGGCCUGCUGGGGCAGUUGGAACACUUUACAAAACAGUUUGUUCUUCAGGAUCUUCGAUGCCCCAAAUGCAUCUCAGGCGGUGGUAUCCAAGAGUCUUCUUUAUCCCGUGGUGGAUCUCAAGGUCGUUGUGCUGACUGCGCCACACCCCUAGAGCUCACAGUUCGUGGUGGCCAGGAUUUUAUUCGUCGCCGUUUAGCUGUCUAUGCUGCUGUUGGUCGAGCUUUUGGCCUUCACGCACUCACGCUUAACGCUGAUUGGCUGUUGUGUUUUGGCAUUUAA